CGAAUUUCUACUCAUAAACUAAAAUUUUGUUAUCAAAAAUAAUUGUUAACACUUUUUUUUGAGAAAUAUUUUGUUUUGAUUUAAUAGAUAAAAGUAGUGCAAAGUUAGAUGUUUUUCCACCAUUAUGAUAUAAAAAAUAAAUAUCAAUCACCUUUUACGAGAGCGGCUAAUUAUACUUUGAAACCUUUAGAGUCUCCUUCUUAUGCUAAUAUAUUUAAUUAGAUCAAGCAGAAUCAAACUGCUGAUACAGACAAUAUUCCAUAACAGUAUUCAUAUUUAUAAAACAACUCAUACAUCAGUGGAACCGGUUAGUUGAACACCUAAAGAGGUUAUAAUGACUAUAUGGCUAAUUAAUACAAUUCAGAUAGAAAUAUGAAUGUAAAUAAUCCUUACAAAAAGGAAUUCUUUUAUAGAAUCUAGUCACCUAGAAACCCAUUUCUUCCUCAUUUUGAUUAGGAAGAGCAAAAGGAAAGUCCUAGAUUGAGAAAUAUCAAAAAUGGUGUAAGUGGUGGUUAUGAAGGUAAUGAAAAUAAAUAUGGUCAAAUUAAAUCAUUUAAUGCUUUUAAUUAUGACGAGCUCAACUCAUCACUCAAUCAUUAAGAUUAAGCUAAAUUAAAUAGAGCUAUUAAUAUGGGGUGGAUUCCUUAAAAACAAGUUGACCAAUUUAGAAGUGAUAAAAAUAAAUAACUACUUUAUCAAUAGGAGCUCUAAAAACAAAUUAAUGAGAAAUAAGAAUUGAAAAUGCAGUAACUUCGAAAAUAGAAGUUAGAAGAGGAGAAACUUGAUAGAAAAAUAAUGAAACAACUGAAUAUACCAAAAUUAGAUUUAAACUCUGUCUAGAUGGUAUAAAAGCAAAAUUAAAUUUAUGAUUCUAAUGUCUACUCAAAAACGCCUAGUAAAUUAUCAAGAACACCUCCAUUCAGAAAAAAUUCUAAUUCUUAGAAAUCCAUACCAAAACAUAAUGAUGAUCAAUAUUUAUAAAUUUAAAAAAAUAGAUCUUCUUUCAACAACAUUUAAAUGCCAACAUCUCCCCGAUCUAAUUUAUCAAAAGCACAUAACCCUGCUUUUUCCCCUAGACAAAUAACUAAAAUUCAUGUGGUUGCUUCACCCUCACAUAAUUCAAUAAACACUAAUAGGCCUAACAAUUUUUCUUCAAGCAGAGAAACAGAAUCAAAUACACAGCUAGGAUUAGAAUUAAUUAAGAGAUAAAUGCAAGAAAGCUACUUAAAUGCAAGCAAGCAGCUAGAUGAAUUGAAAGUAGAAAUGGAAAGAAUCAGAGAGUAGAAGAAUUAAGCACAAUAAGAAUUUUUUCAAUUAAGAAGUUAAAUAAAAAAUUAAAUUGAAUUCCACAACUUAAAGCUUUACGGGGGAGUUAAUUUUGCAAAGAAUCCUUCUAAAUAUUACCAGUAGUAAUUAUAUGAGAAUCAAAUUGCUAAUAAUGAUUCAUCAAUUAUAUAUCCAUUUAUUAGUGAAUCUACUCUUGAUUAAAACUUAUUCUAAUACAGUUAAAGUGUUUCCUCUAAAACUUUGAAGUAGAGUUUAGUUUAGACACCACAAAUUUUAAAUUCUCAAAAAAUGGAUAACUAGCAAUAAGCUAACUUAUCCGAAUUAUAGAGCAAAGAUUUAUUAGGUUCUAAGUUAAUUACCUAAUAAGAAUUAGGAAAAAUAGAAUAAAAUUUAAACGAGUCUAGAAUUUCAAGGGUUUCUCAUCAAUCUAAAAAAUCGAUAUUACAAAAUCAGCAAGAUGGUACUUUCAAUAUUUCCAAAGAUUAAGAAAAGGAACUUCUAUCUUUAAAAAAUUCAUAAAUAUAAGAUUAAAAAGAUAUCUUAAACAAUUCUUAGAAAGAUAUUUCUAAAAGUAUUUCUGUAAAAAGAAUUAGCUCUCCUCCUUUUGAUUAGUAAAAACAAGAAAGCUAAUUAGAUAUUAGUAAAGAACUUAACGGAGAAAACUUCUUUUUUACAGAAAUUAAUAAUGAAUCAAACACAAACGCCUAAAGUAACAACUAAGAUAAUUUUAAAAAAUCCAUAUUACAUAAUAGCAUUGAAAAUAAUAAACAGUAAACUGUGUCAUAAAAAUAAAGUGAAAAUGAUUUCAAAAAGCUCAUAAAAAAUAUAGAAGAUAUGGUAGAAGAAUAGACUAAAGACAUUUAAAAUGUAAGCACUGUACAUAAAGUAGAAGUACAAAACAGUAUAAAUUUUAGAAAUAAUAAAUGA